UGGAUGGGACUUGCUCAUCAUUCAGAACAAAGAUGGCAGAUGGGGAUCCUAGUACGAAGGAGCUAAGCUUGAUGGAUAGGCAAAUCACAAGCCUUUUGAACAUUGCCUUGAACUCAGGCCUCCAUUCAAUCAAUUUGCACUGUAAUCACAUUCUUAAGAUUGAAGGCCUUGCUCACCUCCAACGAUUACAGUAUUUGGACCUGUCAUCCAACCUAAUAUACAAGAUUGAAGGACUCGAUUCUCUCAUACAUCUUCAAAGCCUGAAUUUGUCCUGCAACAAACUCACAAAAAUAGAAGGGCUGCCUAAGUUAUUAAAUCUCAGGAAGCUGAAUUUAUCGUAUAAUCGCAUAUAUGACCUUAGAGGAUUAAUUCUGCUACACGGAUGGAAUCACAAACUUAGCCACCUUUAUCUCCAUGGCAACUGCAUUGAUAGCAUGGACCAUGUGCUACAGAGCAUGGUGGGAUUACAGUCUUUAUCUCACCUGACAUUUCAGCAGGACGGCAAAGGCAACCCUCUUUGUUUUGCACCAGGAUACAGAGAUGUGGUUCUGGGAAACCUGCUACAGUUAAAAGCCCUGGAUGGUGUUAGUAGGUCAGGGGAGGCUGUUCCUGGGUUUGAUGUAGAUUCGUUAGACGUCCCCAAUCUGGACUUCCUGGAAUAUUUGACCACCUGUGAUGAUGAUGAUUAUGAUCCUGGCAGCAAGGACUCCACAAGUGGUCCUGUCAUAACACCUCGAAUUGAUCAGGUUUUAUCGCAGUAUCGAAAAAGGCCUGUUGCCCCAGGUCCAGGGUACUUAAGUAGUUGUAUAGAUGCUACAACUUCAUCAGAGCAAGAGUCCACCAGCAUGCUGCGUGAAAUGAGGAUUAAGAAUUUGGAGGAGCAGUUAUCGGAGCUCCUAAAGGCUCCACAACCCAAGCCAGAAACUAUUCCAAAACCCAAGCGAGACACGGACCUCACAACUGAAAGUGAUUUUGAAAGUGAAAAGGAAAAUGUAAAGACCUCUGUAACUAAAAGGAGCAAAAUUCCAGCUCGUAGGAACAUCCAGACACAAAAACAAAAGAGUCAUCAGCAAUUAAAGACCCGAAGUGUAACUAGUGUAUCUAAGCAGAGUGCAGCCAGGAAGCAGAAGAGUCCCAGUCCUCACAGGAAAGCGCAGAGUCCCAGCAGUGGAUCGUCGGAAAGGACAAAUACAGACGGUACGGGACAGGUCUCCGCACGACUUGCUGGGCCUUUGAGAUCUCUGCAAAGACGGCUAGAACCGUCAAUGUCCAAUGCAGCGGAGGAAUCUACAUACAGGGCACUUGUUCAAGAAUUAGAUCAGGAAAGAGAGCGGCGAUGGAAAGCUGAACAGAUUGUUGUAAAGUUAACAGAAAAUAUCAAAGAGUUGCAAAGUCAGGCUAAGGAGGAGAAAGACAUAAACAGCAUGGCUGUAAAUGCCACUGAUCGGAUUAAAGAAUUACUUCUGAAGGAAAAAAAUGCAAAAUGUACAUUGCAAGCACUUGUGCACCAGUUAAAGGAAGAAAACGAGAGGCUUACCGAUAAAAUAAAACAGUCUGCUGGUAAAGAAGAAGAAUAUCAGAAAGCACUUAGAAUGAUGGAAGAUGCAAUGUCCAAAUUAGAAACACAGAAACUCCAGCAGGAAGCCCUGCAGAUGAAACACACGCAGGAAGCAGACCGCAAGGUAACCGCCUCCCAGAGAGAAAUUGAGUUGCUUCGAGGAUCUAUGCGUCAGCACAAAGACAAAGUCCAACAGCUCCAUGAACUGCUUACAUCAAGGGAGCAGGCACACAGAAUGGAGCUGGAGGCAAGAGUGGCAUUAAAUGGGCCUGAAUUCCAGGGAGCUGUGGCCAAGGAACUAUCCAGAGAAGAGCAACAUCAUAACCAGCAGAUGAAAGAGUACCAAGAGAAGAUGGGCGUGCUGUCACAGCAGUAUGCUGAUCUAGAAGAUGAAUUCCGUGCUGCUCUGGUUAUUGAAGCAGGAAGAUUUAAAGAGGUGAAAGAUGGCUUUGACAAUGUCACAGCAGAGUUAGCAGAGCAUAAGGAAGCUCUCUCCCGCAUCCGAAUGAAAGAGAAGCAGUCGGCAAGUUUAAUCCGGGAGCUUACCACUAUGGUGAAGGAACAGAAGACGAGGAUUGCAGACACCACCAAAACAAAACAAGAAAUCAUCAAAGAUCUAAAAAGUAAAAUACGCAGCCUAGAGAUGGUGGCAGAAGAAGAUAAACAAAAAACUCUUCAAAUUCAGCUUCUAAAACAAGAAAAAUCCAAACUCAUUUCACAGCUCACUGCCCAGGAGUCACUGAUCGAUGGAUUAAAAGCUGAAAGGAAAAUCUGGGGACAAGAACUUACCCAACAAGGUGUCUCUCUGGCUCAGGAUAGAGGAAGGCUUGAAGCUAAAAUUGAAGUCUUUUCUACAGAGAUAGAAGCUUUGAAAAAGCAAAAUGAGCGUGACAAUGAUGCAUUGAGGAUUAAAACGAAAAUGGUUGAGGAUCAAACAGAGACCAUUAGGAAGUUAAAAGAAGGUCUGCAAGAGAGGGAUGAACGCAUCAGAAAGCUGCAUACACAAAAUCUUGAGAUGGAGAAAGCAUUAAGAGAACAGAAUGAUGAAAGGGCAAUACAAUUACAUGAGCUGAAAGAAAAGCUGGGAAGGCAAACGGAAAGAAAGGAGGAAAUCAAGCUGCAGCUAGAAGAGAAGGAGGCUGAGCUGGAAGAUGUGAAGAAAGCUUAUAGUGCAAUGAAUAAGAAGUGGCAGGAUAAAGCAGAAUUAUUAAGCCAGCUUGAAACACAAGUCAGGCAGAUGAAAGAGAAUUUUGAUGCCAAGGAGAAGCGGCUGGUUGAAGAGAGAAACAAAAGCCUUCAAAACCAGAAGGUUGUAAUGGAAAAACUUCAUUCUGUGGAUGAUGCAUUCCGAAGACAACUGGAGUCUAUCCUGGCUGCUCAUCAAGCUGAACUUAUUAAAGUAGCCAGUGAGAAACAGAAAGAAGUGGAAUCAGCAAAUGAAAGAGUUUACCAAGUAGAAGAAGAAAUGCGGCAGCUUUUACAAGAAACGGCUAACAGUAAGAAAGCCAUGGAGGAAAAGAUAAAGCGGCUCACUAAUGCACUAAGUGACAUUCAGGACCAUUUCUAACAUUUCAGCAGAGUGACCGGAGAUGUUAUGCUGCUAAACAAUUUCAAGUUGCAUCUGUUUAUAGGUGUGUUAGUAGUUUAAAGGAUAUCUGUAUUAAGAGAGAUAUGCAGGCUGCCAUUGUUG